CACUGUUCGGGGGACCAAGCUCUCAAAGCAUACCGACGAACCGGCUUCUACGUAUGGCUUCUGCGAGGCGUACGCUGCUGAUGAUAGCGUGAUCAUUUCAAGUUGCUCUACCAGCUUGACUGUCCGCUUUCCCUAUGCUGCGCCGUGGCUGACAGUUCCUCGGUUGAUUGGAAAAAAUAAACUAAUUUGACGACCGCAUGCUUGGAUUGCAUUGGAGUUGGGGGGCAUUUAUAGAUGCCGACAAUAUUCGGUGUUCAAUUUCCAGGCGGAGUCGUUGAGCUGGAAGGUUUCGUCACCACUUCCAGAAUAUUUUUCUUUGGGAUCAGCAUCAUCGUGUCCUCGGAACCCCUGAAAGAUAACUAACUGAAAAUCAAAGGGAAAAUAAAACUUUAACCUCCACAGACUGUGGAGACACUUAUUUCAAGUAUUGCUCUUUAUGACUUACUUUACAUUUGGAGAAUCACAAGAUCGAAUUUUCUCUGAAUGGAUAUAGUAUACACAUGUCCAUAAAGGCUACCGUUUUUUCGCUCUGAAUGGAGACCGUUACGCUGUAUAUCUAAGGAUUACUUCAAGGAGCGACAGCUGCAUGCGCGGAACGAUUCUUCCUCCAAAAAGUAACUGAGAAGGAAACAGACGGGCUCUCGCAGCCUUAAAAGAGGAUAUUGAAAAGAAGUGGGAUCAGUUUGGACAUACAUUUAACUUUACAGAGGGGCAGCGGUAACUAACUGCGCGCUUAUGAAUUGCUGAUCUGUAAGUCACACUGCUAUUCAAAGUAGACGUUCCCUGUGGACCUAUAUGUGACGUUAUUGCCUUUAUUUGAUUAAGUCACAAAAAAAACGCCACUUGAUUUGGCGCAGCGUUGCUGUGAACGGAGACUGUCCGGAGAGGCGUGCAGGCAGAACAGAGCGGGCACACAGUCCAGGGCGGGCACGCACCACUCCAGGUGGACUUGAUCGAAGCAACAUGUACCCGUCGUGCCGGACACACGAGCUUAACGUUGGGCGUCUGAAGGCAAUGGUCGGGUACUCGGCGAGACUGAAGUGUCGACCCAGUUGGAUAUUACUGCUUCUCCUGUUCAUUCACUACACGACGGCUCAAGAUGACGUUCCCCCCUACUUCAAGACAGAACCGGUGCGGAGCCAGCUUCACCUGGAGCGGAACCGUCUGGUUCUAACCUGCAUGGCGGAGGGGAGUUGGCCUCUGGAGUUCAAGUGGAUCCACAACACCACAGAGAUUACACGGUUCUCCCUCGAGUACAGGUACCUGAUUCCGUCGCUGGACCGGUCUCACGCUGGGUUCUACCGCUGCAUCGUGAGGAACCGAGUGGGCGCACUGCUCCAGAGGAGAACUGAGGUGCAGGUGGCGUUCAUGGGUAGCUUUGAGGAGGGUGAGCGCGACCAGGCGGUGUCCCAGGGUGAGGGGGCCGUGAUUCCCGCACCACACAUCCGGAGUUUUCCACAACCGCAGGUCACGUGGUUCCGAGACGGACGCAAGAUCCCCCCCAGCAGUCGCAUAGCGAUCACCCUGGACAACACGCUGGUCAUCCUCUCCACUGUAGCCCCUGAUGCAGGCCGCUACUAUGUGCGCGUUAACGACAAGAACGGAGAAAACAAGACCAGCCAGCCGGUCACCCUGACAGUGGAGAACGUAGGUGGUCCGGCUGACCCCAUCGCCCCCACCAUCGUGGUCCCUCCUCGGAACACCAGCGUUAUCUCCGGGACCUCCGAGGUCACAAUGGAGUGUGUGGCCAAUGCUAGGCCUUUGAUAAAGUUGAGCAUCAGCUGGAAGAAGGACGGCGUGCCGGUGAGAAAUGGCCUGAGUGACUUCAACCGCCGCCUGACCAUCCUGACGCCCCUGGUCAGCGACAGCGGCUACUAUGAGUGUGAGGCUGUACUGAGGAGCAGCAGUGUGCCGUCUGUCAGCGCAGGGGCCCACCUGCAUGUACUGGAGCCUCCUCAGUUUGUGAAGGAGCCGGAGAAGCACAUCACUGCAGAGAUGGAGAAGGUGGUGGAUAUCCCCUGCCAGGCACGAGGUGUCCCUCCUCCAGAGAUCGUGUGGUACAAGGACGCGGUGCCCAUUAGUCCGGUGAAGUACCCCCGCUACAGAGUGCUGGUCGGAGGCAGCCUGCAGGUCAAUGGGCUCCUGCCCGACGACACAGGGAUGUUCCAGUGCUUCGCCCGCAACUCGGCGGGAGAGGUGCAGACCAACACUUACCUGGCCGUUACCAGCAUUGCCCCGAACAUCACAGCAGGGCCAUCCGACAGCACGGUGAUUGACGGCAUGUCUGUCAUACUGCACUGCGAGACAUCAGGAGCCCCGCGACCUGCCAUCACCUGGCAGAAAGGUGAGCGCGUCCUGGCCUCCGGCUCAGUGCAGCUUCCUCGCUUCACGCUGCUGGAGUCGGGGAGUCUCCUGAUAAGCCCGUCUCACAUCUCAGACGCAGGCACCUACACCUGCAUGGCCAGCAACUCACGAGGCAUCGACGAGGCGUCCGCUGACCUCAUCGUCUGGGCCCGCACUCGGAUCACCAACCCCCCUCAGAACCAGAGUGUCAUCAAAGGUACAAAGGCCAUCAUGACUUGUGGAGUGACCCACGACUCCAGUGUCACUGUCAAGUUUGUGUGGGAGAAGGACGGCUCGGUCAUUAACGCCCAAUCCAUCCCGCGCAUGCGUCUGGACGCCGACGGCACCCUGCACAUCACCCAGACGUGGUCUGGCGACAUCGGCACCUACACCUGCCGGGUCACCUCUGUGGGGGGCAACGACUCGCACAGCGCUCACCUGAGAGUCAGGCAGCUGCCCCAUGCCCCAGAGAAUCUGUGGGCAAACCUGAGCACAGCGGAGAGGCGAGCCAUCAACCUCACCUGGGUCAAGCCCUUCGACGGGAACAGCCCGCUCCUCCGCUACACGCUGGAGGUCUCCGAGAACAAUGCACCGUGGACUAUCUUGCUGGCUAACAUUGAGCCGGAGUCGACCGGCGUGACGGUCAGCGGUCUCAUUCCGGCCCGCUCCUACCAGUUCCGCCUGUGCGCUGUCAACGAUGUGGGGAAAGGCCAGUUCAGCAAGGAGACGGACCGGGUGUCACUCCCAGAGGAACCCCCCAGCGCUCCGCCUCAGAACGUGAUUGCCAGCGGCCGCACCAACCAGUCCAUCAUGAUCCAGUGGCAGCCUCCUCCAGAGAGCCACCAGAACGGCGUCCUGCGAGGCUACAGCGUCCGGUACCGCCUGACGGGUAUGCCCGUGGACAUCCAAUACAAGAACAUCACCAACCCAGAUGUGACCAACCUGCUGCUGGAGGAUCUCAUCAUCUGGACCAACUACGAGAUUGAGGUGGCUGCAUACAACCGUGCUGGUCUGGGCGUCUAUAGCCACAAGGUCACCGAGUGGACCUUGCAAGGAGUUCCUACUAUUGCUCCUGGUGAUGUGCAGGCCGAGGCAGUGAACUCCACGACUAUUCGCUUCACCUGGACUGCCCCCAACCCCCAGUUCAUCAACGGCAUCAACCAGGGCUACAAGCUGUUGGCAUGGGAACCAGGUCAGGAGGAGGAGGUGACCCUGGUGACGGUGCGGCCCAACUUCCAGGACAGUGUGCACGUGGGCUACGUGACGGGCCUGAAGAAGUUCACCGAGUACUUGACCUCUGCCCUCUGCUUCACCACGCCCGGUGACGGACCCCGCAGCCCUGCCAGAGGCGUCAGGGGGGUCUAGAUACACACCUGCGCUCCUGGUGCUGUUGGUCACCUGAGCUUCACAGAGAUCCUGGACACCUCCCUGAAAGUCAGCUGGAGGGAACCGUGACGAGAAGAACGGGCAUCCCACCGCUACCGUAUCUCAUGGGAGGAGUACAACCGCACCAACACGCGGGUGACCCACUACCUGCCUAAUGUGACGCUGGAGUACCGGGUAACGGGACUGACCGCACUCACCACCUACACCAUAGAGGUCGCCGGAAUGACCUCCAAAGGUCAAGGGCAGCUUUCCUCAUCGACCAUCUCCUCUGGGGUACCGCCAGAGCUGCCGGGCCCCCCCACUAACAUGGCCAUAUCCAACAUCGGACCGCGCUCCGUCACUCUGCAGUUCAAGCCCGGUUACGACGGCAAGACCUCCAUCUCACGCUGGCAGGUGGAGGCCCAGAUCGGUGUGUUGGGUGAGAAUGAGGACUGGGUGAUGGUGCACCAGCUGGCCAACGAGCCCGAUGCCCGCUCUAUGGAGGUGCCUGGACUCAACCCCUACACCUUCUACAGGUUCCGGAUGCGACAGGUGAACAUUGUGGGCACCAGCCCACCCAGCCAGCCUUCCAGAAAGAUCCAGACACUGCAGGCUCCCCCAGACAUCGCCCCGGCCAAUGUCACCCUACGCACGGCCAGCGAGACCAGCCUCUGGCUGAGAUGGGUGCCCCUGCCGGAGUGGGAGUAUAACGGGAACCCCGAGCUGGUGGGCUACCGCGUGCAGUACUCGCGCACCGGCUCCGCCGGCAAGCCCCUCAGCCACGUCAUCAGUGACCGGCUCGAGCGCGAGUUCACCAUCGAGGACCUGGAGGAGUGGACCGAGUAUGAGGUCCGCGUGCAGGCCAUCAACGGCAUCGGAUCCGGGCCCUGGAGCCAGCCCGUCCGCGGCAGAACCAGGGAGUCCGUUCCGUCAUGUGGCCCCACCAACGUGUCAUCUUUUGCCACCACCUCCAGCAGUAUCCUGGUGCGCUGGUCUGAAGUCCCCGAACCUGACCGCAAUGGCCUCAUCCUGGGAUACAAGGUGGUGUAUAAGGAGAAGGACUCGGACAGUCCCCUGCAGUUCUGGACGGUUGAGGGCAACACCAGUCACAGUGUGCAGCUGGCUAACUUGGGGAAGUACGUGCUCUACGAGAUCCAGGUCCUGGCCUUCACGCGCAUCGGGGACGGCAUGCCCAGCUCACCCCCCAUCCUGGAGCGCACCCUGGACGAUGUGCCCGGCCCACCGGUGGGCAUCCUGUUCCCGGAGGUGAGGACCACCUCAGUGCGACUCAUCUGGCAGUCCCCUCUGCAGCCCAACGGCAUCAUCCUGGCCUAUCAGAUCACGUACCGGCUCAACUCGUCCAAUAGCAACGCGGCCACGGUGGACGUGCUGAACCCGAGCACGCGGCAGUACACCGCCACCGGCCUGCGGCCCGAGUCCGUUUACGUGUUCCGGAUCACGGCCCAGACCCGCAAGGGCUGGGGAGAGGCCGCUGAGGCGCUGGUGGUUACCACGGAGAAGAGAGCUCGACCACAGCCUACCAGCCGCCCCAUGGUGCCGCAGCAGCAGGUGCAGGCGCGCAGCGUGCUGUUGUCGUGGGAACCGGGCAGCGACGGACUGUCGCCUGUGCGCUACUACACGGUGCAGGUGCGCGAGCUGCCGGACUUUAACUGGACCGUCCACUCUGCAUCCGUCAACCAUGAGUCCAGCAGCUACGUUGUGGACAGACUGAAGCCCUUCACAUCGUACCAGUUCAGGGUGAAGGCCACCAACGACAUCGGAGACAGCGAGUACAGUCAGGAGAGUGAGGCCAUCACCACGCUACAGGAUGCUCCAGAUGAGGCGCCUGUCAUCCUCUCUGUUACUCCACAUACAACCACUUCUGUGCUGGUCCGCUGGCAGCCUCCUGCUGAGGAGAAGAUUAACGGCAUCCUGCUGGGCUUUCGUAUCCGUUACCGGGAGCUCCUCUACGACCGGCUCCGCAGUAUCGCUGUUGGAAAUGUCAACAGCCUCUCCGCCAGCUGGGCAGACUUCACCUCCCCAUACAGCAUACGGAACCUGAGCGAGUCCUCCGUCACCCAGUAUGAGCUAGACAACCUGAGCAAGCACAAGCGCUAUGAGAUCCGCCUAAGUGUGUACAACGCUGUGGGAGAAGGCCCGACCAGCUCUCCCCAGGAAGUGUUUGUGGGAGAAGCAGUUCCAACAGCCCCGCCCCAGAAUGUUGCCAUCCAAUCAGCAACAGCCACACAGCUAGAUGUGACAUGGGACCCACCUCCUCUGGAAAAUCAGAAUGGAGAUAUCCAGGGUUACAAGAUCUACUUCUGGGAGUACCAGCGUCAGAACGAGACGGAGAAGCUGCGGACGCUGUUCAUGCCGGAGGCUGGGGUCAAGCUGAAGAACCUUACGGGCUACACCACCUACAUGAUCAGCGUGGCCGCCUUCAACGCAGCCGGAGAUGGACCACGCAGCGCCGCCACCAGAGGGCGCACUCAGCAGGCUGCUCCCAGUGCCCCCAGCUUCAUCCACUUCAGCGAGCUGACCACCACCUCAGUCAACGUGUCCUGGGGUGAACCAGUCUUCCCUAAUGGAAUCCUCGAGGGCUAUCGCCUCAUCUACGAGCCCUGCACGCCUGUCGAUGGCGUCAGUAAGACAGUGACGGUGGACGUGAAGGGCCCCCCCUACUGGUUGAAAAUCAAAGACCUGGCCGACGGAGUCACUUACAACUUCCGCAUCCGCGCCAGGACUUUCACCUACGGUCCUGAGGUGGAGGCCAAUAUCACCACUGGCCCUGGGGAAGGGGCCCCUGGACCGCCCGGAGAGCCCUUCAUCUCUCGCUACGGUACGGGCCUCACCAUCCACUGGUCCAACGGCGAUCCCGGACGAGCCCCCAUCACGCGUUACGUCAUCGAGGCCAGGCCCUCAGAUGAGGGAUUGUGGGAUAUCUUGAUCAAGGACAUCCCCAAGGAAGUGACAUCAUACACAUUCAACAUGGACCUCCUGAAGCAGGGUGUGAGCUAUGACUUCCGGGUCAUCGGAGUAAACGACUACGGAUACGGCACCCCUAGUGCCCCCUCCCCCUCCAUAUCAGCCCAAAAGGUGGCGCCGUUCUAUGAGGAGUGGUGGUUCCUGGUAGUGGUGGCCCUGGUGGGGCUCAUCUUCAUCCUGCUGCUCGUGUUCAUCCUCAUCAUCAGAGGCCAGAGCAAGAAGUACGCCAAGAAGUCCGACUCAGGCAACAGCUCUAACUGCAACGCGCUGACCCAUGGGGAGAUGGUGCGUCUGGACGAGAGCCGCUUCCCCGCCCUGGAGCUUAGCAACCGCCGGCUGUCCGUCAAGAACUCCUUCUGUCGCAAGAACGGCGUCUACACCAGGUCCCCUCCCCGGCCCAGCCCUGGUAGUCUGCACUACUCGGAUGAGGACGUGAGCACCAAGUACAACGACCUGAUCCCCGCCGAGAGCAGCAGUCUCACCGAGAAGCCCUCCGAGAUCUCAGACUCACAGGGCAGCGACAGCGAAUACGAGGUGGACUCCAACCGCCAGAAGACGCACUCCUUCGUCAACCACUACAUCAGUGACCCCACCUACUACAACUCAUGGCCGCAACAGAGGAAUCUCCCAGCCCAGACUGCCACGCCCCACGAGUCUGGCCGGGAGCCGAGGCCCUGUCAGCCACCCCCAUGCCCCCCUCUGCCACCCAUGCCCCCACAGCUCAACUCCCCGCAGGGCCAGACGCAGUCACCUACCCCAGGCCAGGUGCAACAAGGCGGGCAGGGCCAAGUGGUGGUGGCAGGGGGACAGGGGCAGGGGCAAGUGCCAGGGCAGGGGCAGGGGAGCCUGUUUCGGCCCAAGGGCAGUCGGACUCCCACUCCGUGCCAACAGAGCUCCAACCCACCCAGCCAGCAUAGCACCCUCUACCGCCCCCCAAGCAGCCUGGCGCCCGGGUCCCGCACCCCCAUCGCCGGGUUCUCCUCCUUCGUCUGACCCUGCUUUGACCCAAUCGAUCGAUCCACCGAGCAAAACGUGGCCCCUUCUUUGUCUCAGCAAGUCUUCACAUUGGCUCUUUGUCCUGACAGGACAAGAAUGACGAUCAAAGAUUCAAAAAUGGAAAAAAAAAAAUUUUUUUUUCUUUAUUUUUUAUGUCGUGAUUUUUUUUUCAGUCCCAACAGGUUUGAUUUGAAUUGCUUUUGCUUUUUGUCUCUGCAUUUUCUAUGCAUUUUUUAACCUCUUAACUUCUUUUAGUGGCUUUGGCAAAGACUUUAAAUAAGUGCUCACAGCUGGUUUAUAUGUUUGUGCUGAGUUGCUUCUUCUUCUGUGAUUUGAAGAGACAAUCAUAUUGCAAGAACCGAUAGCCUUCUGUUUUUUGUGAAUGUUUUUUUUUUUUUUUUCAGCCUGAGCAAUGCAUGGAGUUUUUUUUAUUUUUUUUAAACUGUUUUUUUUCUCUUGUUCACAUAGUAUACAGUGAUUCAACCCAACAAAACUUCACAUAUUACAAAAUGUGGAGGGGAAAAAAAAACGAAAUGGUCUUUGAGAAACUUUUUGGCCAUGUACGAAGUGGGAAAAGGACUACGAAAUAAUAGAAGAGUCUGCAAAUUAGAGUAAAUGUGUUGAGUAAAUUGACUUUAGAGAAGACGAUGAAAGGAUGAUCGCAAUGAAGAAGAAUGGGAGUUAAUCUUGACUUUGACUGGGACUCUCUCUUCUUAUCUCUCUUUCUUCUCUUUCUCUCUUUCUCUCUCUCUCUCUCUCUUUCUCUCUUUCUCUCUCUCUC